UUGCAAGUACACGCUUCUUACUCAUCAUGCUUUGUGAUAGCGGAGCACUCUAAACUCCAGAAAUGGGGAAUUGUUGGAAACUUGCAUUUAUUUUUUGUUUGCUUAAUUUAUUUAUUUUAAACAGUGAAGGUGUGAAUCAAAAUGACUUAGGGAAUACUAGAAUCCAGAAUACUGAAUACAUCACGUUCUGUGACUUUAAUAACAACUCAAGGCCACUAUGUGACUGGAAACAGAGCUAUAGUGGAAACGAUCAUGGAGACUGGAUACGAGCCUCAAAAAACACUCCAACAUGCAAUACCGGUCCGAAUGGGGGUUAUCCUAAUGGAACCGGAUAUUACCUUUAUCAGGAGGCAACUAACCUGAUCCCAAAUGAUGUAGUCAGGCUGGAUAGUCCAUUUCUUACCAUUGCAGCAGAUGUAUGUGUUGACUUCUGGUACCAUAUGUAUGGUCAGGAGUCUUACAAUGAACUCCGGGUUCUAGUUUCUGAUGAAGGAGGUGAAUCAAUUUUUUGGCAAAGAAGUGGAAACCAAAGUUCUUCCUGGUUGUAUGGUUCCUUUACCGUUCGAACUUCAAGAGAGAAAAAAAUUCAGGUAAUUUUUGAAGCCGUUCGAGGGUUAACAGAGAAUGGAGACACAGCUAUUGACAAUAUAGGAGUAAGACAGGGACCAUGUGAGUUAAGUACAGCCGAAACAAUUACAACAAUAACCACUUCCAUGAAACCGACUUCACCUGUAACUAUACCAGGCGGGACUUGUAGCGGUUAUGGGGAUCCCCAUUACUUCACCUUUGAUAACUAUCCUCAUACUUUUAUGGGAAAUUGUACAUAUACCCUCACAAAACUAUGCGAAGAAAACAGCACUUUGCCAUAUUUUAAUGUGGAAGUUGGGCACGAGUACAGAGAUGGCAAUACAUAUGUCUCAUAUGUCAAACAAGUGACGGUGUUCGUUCAUACCUACAUUAUCAGCCUGGAAAAGAAAAGGAUUGUGAAGGUGAAUGGACAGACCCAGUCUCUUCCCCAGAGCUUGUCCCCUGGUAUAUCUAUUGGUCUGACUGGUCAAUAUGCUGCUGUCACAGUUGACUUUGGACUUAAAGUCAAGUAUGAUGGAGACCAUAGAGUUGAGGUGACUCUUUCUAAAGUGUACCAGGGCAAAGUAUGCGGAAUUUGUGCCAAUUUUAAUGAUAAGCGGGGGGAUGAUAACCUCAAUCCUGCCGGACAAAGGGAAGACAAUUCUAUCAGCUAUGGCAACAGCUGGCAGGUGCCCGGUGACUCAAGCUGUACUCAAGACUCAGAUCACACUUUUGACUGUACAGACGAAGAAAGACAUGAAAUUGAAAGUUACGACUCCUGUGGAUUUAUUCUUCCGUUUGAAAGCGCAUUCAAACACUGUCAUCUUAUCGUAGACCCAAGGGAGUACUUCAUAAAUUGUUACUACGACAUGUGUGCUCUUCAUCUGGACCCACAAGUUCUCUGUAAUAAUAUCCAGGCAUACGCAGAUGCUUGCCAAGAGGCAGGUGCUGUUGUGCUGCCUUGGAGAAACGAAACUUUCUGUCCUUUGCCAUGCCCGUCCAACAGUCAUUAUGAGCAAUGUGGCACAGCGUGUCCUGCUACUUGUGUCAACCCAGGAUCACCAUCCAACUGUAACCUUCCAUGUGCCGAGGGAUGUGUCUGUGACCCAGGGUAUGUUCUGUACAACAAUAAAUGUGUUCCAAGUGGACAGUGUGGAUGCUGGGACGGAGACAAACAUUAUCCAGUGGGAUCAGAAUUCUGGACUGAUGACACCUGCUCUACAAAAUGUAACUGUCCAUCACAAGGAAGCGCAUUAGUCUGUAAAUCUACUUCAUGUCCUCCUGGCACGUUCUGUGGUAUCUCAAAUGGAGUACCUGGCUGUUAUGAUCUGACGUUUGGUAGCUGCACAAUCUAUGGAGACCCUCACUACACCACCUUUGAUAAAGAAACCCAUCACUUUAUGGGGAUAUGUACCUAUACAUUAUCAAAGGUUUGCAGCAAUACCACCUCUCUGCCAUAUUUUAAUGUUGAAGCCAAGAAUGAGCAUCGUGGCAACCCAACUGUUUCUUAUGUACAAAAAGUUAAGGUAGAAGUCUACAACCAUCAAAUAACGAUUGUUAAAAAUGAACCAAAUCGAGUUCAGGUUGAUGGUAUCUGGACCACUCUUCCAGUGAGUUUGGUUAAUGGAUCUUUGACCGUGACCCGAAGUGGAAGAUACGUCCUUGUAGAGACUGAUUUCAAGCUCACAGUCUCUUACGACACUGAUCAUACCGUUGAGGUGAAGGUCCCCACUACCUAUUUUAAUCAAACAUGUGGAAUAUGCGGUAACCUAAACAGCAUCCGCCAAGAUGAUUUUAUGAUGCCUAAUGGACAACAAGCGCAAAACUCUAAUGAACUUGGAAACAGUUGGCAGGUGGAUGAUGAUGAUCCAUCAUGUACUCCUGUAGACCCACCACCAAUAUGUCCACCAGAGAAAGAAGAUCUUUAUGAGACCAAUGAAUACUGUGGUCUUAUAGCAAGCCCAGAUGGUCCAUUCAAAGCCUGCCAUUCUGUUAUCAAUCCAAACAGAUACCUGGAAAGCUGUGUAUUUGACCUAUGCGUUGUUGGUGAGGCUGCCCUCUGCACUGCUUUAGAGGCGUAUGCUGAUGCCUGCCAAAAGGCCGGAGUUUCUAUCACUUGGAGAAAUGCAUCAUUCUGUAGUAUAAGCUGUCCUAUUAACACCCAUUAUAACCCAUGCGCCAGCGCAUGCCCUGCCACUUGCUUGGACCAGAAUGCAGCACACAAUUGCAGUAAGCCUUGCGUGGAGGCAUGUGAGUGUAACGACGGCUUUGUUCUUAGUGGAAAUAAAUGUGUCCCUGUCACCGAAUGUGGAUGCUUUUACAAUGGCAAAUACUAUGAGAAAGGAGAAAUCUUCUGGCAAGGAGAAUGUGAGAGCCAAUGUAAAUGUAUUGGAAACAACCAAGUGGAAUGCAGCGAUAAACAAUGCACACCUAACCAAAUAUGCAAAGUUGUGAAUGGAGUUCUAGGAUGUUACCCAGCGGACUCCACAAUCUGCCAUAUUCACGGUGACCCUCACUACAUCACGUUUGAUGGCAAACUGUACCAUUUCCAAGGAAGCUGUAACUAUACUGCUGCGGAGACCUGUAAAAACUCAUCUGUAAACUUCUCCGUCACAACCAGGAACGAGCACAGAGGGAGCUUGAGUUGGACAGCUUUAAAUUCAGUUGCUGUUAGGAUAGAGAAUCUGCACAUUAUUUUGGGAAAACACAAAGUAGUUUAUGUUGAUGGCAAACAAGUUUCUUUACCUGCGACUCCAGCACCUGGGAUCUCAAUAAGUAUAAUCGGAUCCUAUGUUGUUCUGCAAACCAACUUUGGACUUGAAGUGAAAUUUAACGGUGACCAUGAACUGUUUGUUAAAGUGAGCGAACAUUUUAAAGGGCAGCUCUGUGGUCUCUGUGGAACAUACACUGAAGACAUACUGGAUGAUUUCCUGAAGCCUAAUGGUUUGAUAGCCCAAACCUCCAAUGAAUUCGGAAAUAGCUGGCGGGUUCCUGACAAAGACUGGGUGUGUGAGGAAGAUGCCGUUGACCCUCCCCCAUGUAAUCCAGUUGAUGAGAAGGAGUAUGAAGAACAAUGCAAAAUUAUUCUAUCAACUGAUGGACCUUUCAAGGACUGUCACUUUUACAUCCCUCCCCAGAUAUAUUUUGAGAGCUGUGUGUAUGAUCAGUGUGCCACAGGAGGAAAUCUAGAUCAAUUCUGUAAUGCUUUAGAGGCUUACGCUGCUGCCUGUGAAAGUGCCGGGGUUAAUCUCGGAAACUGGAAAGACGACACUGUUUGUGAUCUAUUACCAUCUACACCAAAGCCUAUUAUUUCAACCACUACAGAGCCCGGUACUCAGUGCCCCCUUGCUUGCUCAUUUGAUGUGGAUUUGUGUCAGUGGAAACAGUCAAAAGCAGAUAAUAUGGACUGGAUACGACUGAAAGGUCCUACUCCAUCGGAUUUAACUGGUCCAGACUUUGAUCGCACAACUGGAGAUGGAUACUACCUCUAUAUUGAUGGGCAGCAUUCAGAACAUGGGGAUUUCGCUAGACUAGAAGGCCCUGUGUGUGAAUUAAACAGACCUCAUUGUUUACGACUCUGGUACCACAUGUAUGGAGAUGCGCAAGAAAUGAGGCUAGAAGUCUAUGUCGUAGGAGAACAUGGAUUGGAACUUGUUUCCAUACAUGAAGGGAACCAAGGAAAUUUGUGGCACUUAGAUGAAAUUUUCAUACUAAACAGCGGCAAGGUUCAGAUCUUUAUAGAUGGCGUUAGAGGUGAAAGUUAUCGCAGUGAUGUUGCUGUUGAUGACAUCUCUUUAUUAGCCGGAUACUGCCCUGGCCCGACUACCUCUACACUUACAACCACCACUAGACCUCCGACAGAUCUAACAUCAUCUACACCAAAGCCUAUAAUUUCAACCACUACAGGCACAACCACUACAACGUCUUCCAGUGUGACCACGUCAACUACCAAAAGCACCCCUUCUAGAACGACGACUCCAGCCCCACUCCCACCUGGUUCUUGUGAAAUACACGGAGAUCCUCACUACCACACCUUUGAUAAUCAAAUCCAUCACUUCAUGGGAACCUGCACAUACACUUUAUCUAAAGUCUGUGAAGAUGACGGACAGCUACCACACUUCAAUGUGGAAGCUGCUAACGAGCACAGGGGAAGCAAUACUAGAGUAUCGUAUGUGAAGUAUGUGAACGUGGAUGUGUACGGAUACAGGAUCACUCUGGAGAAGGACAGACAGGUUAAGGUGGAUGGUCUCCCUGUGAUAUUACCAGUCACACUUUCACCAGGAGUUAACAUCUUCCUCAGUGGAAAUAAUGUUUUGGUCACAACAACUUUUGGUCUGAGAGUGAGUUUUGAUGGAAAUCAUAGAGUGGUGGUGACUGUACCAGCCAGCUAUGCAAAUAAAGUUUGUGGAAUAUGUGGGAAUUUCAACGGGAAUGUGACGGAUGACUUUUUAAACCCUGAUGGAGAAUUAGAGUCAAACUCUGCUGAUCUUGGAAACAGCUGGCAGGUUGAGAAUGACACAAGCUGUUCUCCAGGAGACAAUCAUACUCCAAACUGCACAAUAGAAGACAAAAACACCAUUACCAGCAACAGCUUCUGUGGACUCAUCAUCGACAGUAACGGCCCAUUCAAGGAGUGUCAUAAUAUCAUAAAUCCAUCAACGUACUUUGAUGACUGUGUUUACGACCUGUGUGAAUUAAACCUAGACCCCGGCUCUCUAUGUAGGAGUCUCCAGUCUUAUGCAGAGGCCUGUCAGUCUCAUGGAGUCACCAUACAUCCCUGGAGGAAUGACACCUUCUGUCCUCUAAAGUGUCCACCCAACAGUCAUUAUGAGCAAUGUGGAACAGCGUGUCCUGCUACUUGCGUAAACCCAGGAUCACCAUCCAAUUGUAACCUUCCAUGUGCCGAGGGAUGUGUCUGUGACCCAGGGUAUGUUCUGUACAACAAUAAAUGUGUUCCAAGUGGACAGUGUGGAUGCUGGGAUGGAGACAAACAUUAUCCAGUGGGAUCAGAAUUCUGGACUGAUGACACCUGCUCUACAAAAUGUAACUGUCCAUCACAAGGAAGUGCAUUAGUCUGUAAAUCUGCUUCAUGUCCUCCUGGCACGUUCUGUGGUAUAUCAAAUGGAGUACCUGGCUGUUAUGAUCUGACGUUUGGUAGCUGCACAAUCUAUGGAGACCCUCACUACACCACCUUUGAUAAAGAAACCCAUCACUUUAUGGGGAUAUGUACCUAUACAUUAUCAAAAGUUUGCAGCAAUACCACCUCUCUGCCAUAUUUUAAUGUUGAAGCCAAGAAUGAGCAUCGUGGCAACCCAACUGUUUCCUAUGUACAAAAAGUUAUGGUAGAAGUCUACAACCAUCAAAUAACGAUUGUUAAAAAUGAACCAAAUCGGGUUCAGGUUGAUGGUAUCUGGACCACUCUUCCAGUGAGUUUGGUUAACGGAUCGUUGACCGUGACCCGAAGUGGAAGAUACGUCCUUGUAGAGACUGAUUUCAAGCUUACAGUCUCUUAUGACACUGAUCAUACCGUUGAGGUGAAGGUCCCGACUACCUAUUUUAAUCAAACAUGUGGAAUAUGCGGUAACCUAAACAGCCUCCGCCAAGAUGAUUUUAUGAUGCCUAAUGGACAACAAGCGCAAAACUCUAACGAACUUGGAAACAGUUGGCAGGUGGAUGAUGAUGAUCCAUCAUGUACUCCUGUAGACCCACCACCAAUAUGUCCACCAGAGAAAGAAGAUCUUUAUGAGACCAAUGAAUACUGUGGUCUUAUAGCAAGCCCCGAUGGUCCAUUCAAAGCCUGCCAUUCUGUUAUCAAUCCAAACAGAUACCUGGAAAGCUGUGUAUUUGACCUAUGUGUUGUUGGUGAGGCUGCCCUCUGCACUGCUUUAGAGGCGUAUGCUGAUGCCUGCCAAAAGUCUGGAGUUUCUAUCACUUGGAGAAAUGCAACAUUCUGUAGUAUAAACUGUCCUAUUAACACCCAUUAUAACCCAUGCGCCAGUGCAUGCCCUGGCACUUGCUUGGACCAGAAUGCACCACACAAUUGCAGUAAGCCUUGCGUGGAGGCAUGUGAGUGUAACGAUGGCUUUGUUCUUAGUGGAAGUAAAUGUGUCCCUGUCACCGAAUGUGGAUGCUUUUACGAUGGCAAAUACUAUGAGAAAGGAGAAAUCUUCUGGCAAGGAGAAUGUGAGAGCCAAUGUAAAUGUAUUGGAAACAACCAAGUGGAAUGCAGCGAUAAACAAUGCACACCUAACCAAAUAUGCAAAGUUGUGAAUGGAGUUCUAGGAUGUUACCCAGCGGACUCCACAAUCUGCCAUAUUCACGGUGACCCUCACUACAUCACGUUUGAUGGCAAACUGUACCAUUUCCAAGGAAGCUGUAACUAUACUGCUGCGGAGACCUGUAAAAACUCAUCUGUAAACUUCUCCGUCACAACCAGGAACGAGCACAGAGGGAGCUUGAGUUGGACAGCUUUAAAUUCAGUUGCUGUCAGGAUAGAGAAUCUGCACAUUAUUUUGGGAAAACACAAAGUAGUUUAUGUUGAUGGCAAACAAGUUUCUUUACCUGCAACUCCAGCACCUGGGAUCUCAAUAAGUAUAAUCGGAUCCUAUGUUGUUCUGCAAACCAACUUUGGACUUGAAGUUAAAUUUAACGGUGACCAUGAACUGUUUGUUAAAGUGAGCGAACAUUUUAAAGGGCAGCUCUGUGGUCUCUGUGGAACAUACACUGAAGACAUACUGGAUGAUUUCCUGAAGCCUAAUGGUUUGAUAGCCCAAACCUCCAAUGAAUUCGGAAAUAGCUGGCGGGUUCCUGACAAAGACUGGGUGUGUGAGGAAGAUGUCGUUGACCCUCCCCCAUGUAAUCCAGUUGAUGAGAAGGAGUAUGAAGAACAAUGCAAAAUUAUUCUAUCAACUGAUGGACCUUUCAAGGACUGUCACUUUUACAUCCCUCCCCAGAUAUAUUUUGAGAGCUGUGUGUAUGAUCAGUGCGCCACAGGAGGAAAUCUAUAUCAGUUCUGUAAUGCUUUAGAGGCUUACGCUGCUGCCUGUGAAAGUGCCGGGGUUAAUCUCGGAAACUGGAAAGACGACACUGUUUAUGCAACAAAUCCUGUCCCAACAUCUUCAACCGUAAAACCAAGCAUUUCAACUUCUCCUAUCACCGUUCUGCCACCUUCAACGCCAUCUACAACAAAGCCUAUAAUUACUACCACUGAUCUAUUACCAUCUACACCAAAGCCUAUUAUUUCAACCACUACAGAGCCCGGUACUCAGUGCCCCCUUGCUUGCUCAUUUGAUGUGGAUUUGUGUCAGUGGAAACAGUCAAAAGCAGAUAAUAUGGACUGGAUACGACUGAAAGGUCCUACUCCAUCGGAUUUAACUGGUCCAGACUUUGAUCGCACAACUGGAGAUGGAUACUACCUCUAUAUUGAUGGGCAGCAUUCAGAACAUGGGGAUUUCGCUAGACUAGAAGGCCCUGUGUGUGAAUUAAACAGACCUCAUUGUUUACGACUCUGGUACCACAUGUAUGGAGAUGCGCAAGAAAUGAGGCUAGAAGUCUAUGUCGUAGGAGAACAUGGAUUGGAACUUGUUUCCAUACAUGAAGGGAACCAAGGAAAUUUGUGGCACUUAGAUGAAAUUUUCAUACUAAACAGCGGCAAGGUUCAGAUCUUUAUAGAUGGCGUUAGAGGUGAAAGUUAUCGCAGUGAUGUUGCUGUUGAUGACAUCUCUUUAUUAGCCGGAUACUGCCCUGGCCCGACUACCUCUACACUUACAACCACCACUAGACCUCCGACAGAUCUAACAUCAUCUACACCAAAGCCUAUAAUUUCAACCACUACAGGCACAACCACUACAACGUCUUCCAGUGUGACCACGUCAACUACCAAAAGCACCCCUUCUAGAACGACGACUCCAGCCCCACUCCCACCUGGUUCUUGUGAAAUACACGGAGAUCCUCACUACCACACCUUUGAUAAUCAAAUCCAUCACUUCAUGGGAACCUGCACAUACACUUUAUCUAAAGUCUGUGAAGAUGACGGACAGCUACCACACUUCAAUGUGGAAGCUGCUAACGAGCACAGGGGAAGCAAUACUAGAGUAUCGUAUGUGAAGUAUGUGAACGUGGAUGUGUACGGAUACAGGAUCACUCUGGAGAAGGACAGACAGGUUAAGGUGGAUGGUCUCCCUGUGAUAUUACCAGUCACACUUUCACCAGGAGUUAACAUCUUCCUCAGUGGAAAUAAUGUUUUGGUCACAACAACUUUUGGUCUGAGAGUGAGUUUUGAUGGAAAUCAUAGAGUGGUGGUGACUGUACCAGCCAGCUAUGCAAAUAAAGUUUGUGGAAUAUGUGGGAAUUUCAACGGGAAUGUGACGGAUGACUUUUUAAACCCUGAUGGAGAAUUAGAGUCAAACUCUGCUGAUCUUGGAAACAGCUGGCAGGUUGAGAAUGACACAAGCUGUUCUCCAGGAGACAAUCAUACUCCAAACUGCACAAUAGAAGACAAAAACACCAUUACCAGCAACAGCUUCUGUGGACUCAUCAUCGACAGUAACGGCCCAUUCAAGGAGUGUCAUAAUAUCAUAAAUCCAUCAACGUACUUUGAUGACUGUGUUUACGACCUGUGUGAAUUAAACCUAGACCCCGGCUCUCUAUGUAGGAGUCUCCAGUCUUAUGCAGAGGCCUGUCAGUCUCAUGGAGUCACCAUACAUCCCUGGAGGAAUGACACCUUCUGUCCUCUAAAGUGUCCACCCAACAGUCAUUAUGAGCAAUGUGGAACAGCGUGUCCUGCUACUUGCGUAAACCCAGGAUCACCAUCCAAUUGUAACCUUCCAUGUGCCGAGGGAUGUGUCUGUGACCCAGGGUAUGUUCUGUACAACAAUAAAUGUGUUCCAAGUGGACAGUGUGGAUGCUGGGAUGGAGACAAACAUUAUCCAGUGGGAUCAGAAUUCUGGACUGAUGACACCUGCUCUACAAAAUGUAACUGUCCAUCACAAGGAAGUGCAUUAGUCUGUAAAUCUGCUUCAUGUCCUCCUGGCACGUUCUGUGGUAUAUCAAAUGGAGUACCUGGCUGUUAUGAUCUGACGUUUGGUAGCUGCACAAUCUAUGGAGACCCUCACUACACCACCUUUGAUAAAGAAACCCAUCACUUUAUGGGGAUAUGUACCUAUACAUUAUCAAAAGUUUGCAGCAAUACCACCUCUCUGCCAUAUUUUAAUGUUGAAGCCAAGAAUGAGCAUCGUGGCAACCCAACUGUUUCCUAUGUACAAAAAGUUAUGGUAGAAGUCUACAACCAUCAAAUAACGAUUGUUAAAAAUGAACCAAAUCGGGUUCAGGUUGAUGGUAUCUGGACCACUCUUCCAGUGAGUUUGGUUAACGGAUCGUUGACCGUGACCCGAAGUGGAAGAUACGUCCUUGUAGAGACUGAUUUCAAGCUUACAGUCUCUUAUGACACUGAUCAUACCGUUGAGGUGAAGGUCCCGACUACCUAUUUUAAUCAAACAUGUGGAAUAUGCGGUAACCUAAACAGCCUCCGCCAAGAUGAUUUUAUGAUGCCUAAUGGACAACAAGCGCAAAACUCUAACGAACUUGGAAACAGUUGGCAGGUGGAUGAUGAUGAUCCAUCAUGUACUCCUGUAGACCCACCACCAAUAUGUCCACCAGAGAAAGAAGAUCUUUAUGAGACCAAUGAAUACUGUGGUCUUAUAGCAAGCCCCGAUGGUCCAUUCAAAGCCUGCCAUUCUGUUAUCAAUCCAAACAGAUACCUGGAAAGCUGUGUAUUUGACCUAUGUGUUGUUGGUGAGGCUGCCCUCUGCACUGCUUUAGAGGCGUAUGCUGAUGCCUGCCAAAAGUCUGGAGUUUCUAUCACUUGGAGAAAUGCAACAUUCUGUAGUAUAAACUGUCCUAUUAACACCCAUUAUAACCCAUGCGCCAGUGCAUGCCCUGGCACUUGCUUGGACCAGAAUGCACCACACAAUUGCAGUAAGCCUUGCGUGGAGGCAUGUGAGUGUAACGAUGGCUUUGUUCUUAGUGGAAGUAAAUGUGUCCCUGUCACCGAAUGUGGAUGCUUUUACGAUGGCAAAUACUAUGAGAAAGGAGAAAUCUUCUGGCAAGGAGAAUGUGAGAGCCAAUGUAAAUGUAUUGGAAACAACCAAGUGGAAUGCAGCGAUAAACAAUGCACACCUAACCAAAUAUGCAAAGUUGUGAAUGGAGUUCUAGGAUGUUACCCAGCGGACUCCACAAUCUGCCAUAUUCACGGUGACCCUCACUACAUCACGUUUGAUGGCAAACUGUACCAUUUCCAAGGAAGCUGUAACUAUACUGCUGCGGAGACCUGUAAAAACUCAUCUGUAAACUUCUCCGUCACAACCAGGAACGAGCACAGAGGGAGCUUGAGUUGGACAGCUUUAAAUUCAGUUGCUGUCAGGAUAGAGAAUCUGCACAUUAUUUUGGGAAAACACAAAGUAGUUUAUGUUGAUGGCAAACAAGUUUCUUUACCUGCAACUCCAGCACCUGGGAUCUCAAUAAGUAUAAUCGGAUCCUAUGUUGUUCUGCAAACCAACUUUGGACUUGAAGUUAAAUUUAACGGUGACCAUGAACUGUUUGUUAAAGUGAGCGAACAUUUUAAAGGGCAGCUCUGUGGUCUCUGUGGAACAUACACUGAAGACAUACUGGAUGAUUUCCUGAAGCCUAAUGGUUUGAUAGCCCAAACCUCCAAUGAAUUCGGAAAUAGCUGGCGGGUUCCUGACAAAGACUGGGUGUGUGAGGAAGAUGUCGUUGACCCUCCCCCAUGUAAUCCAGUUGAUGAGAAGGAGUAUGAAGAACAAUGCAAAAUUAUUCUAUCAACUGAUGGACCUUUCAAGGACUGUCACUUUUACAUCCCUCCCCAGAUAUAUUUUGAGAGCUGUGUGUAUGAUCAGUGCGCCACAGGAGGAAAUCUAUAUCAGUUCUGUAAUGCUUUAGAGGCUUACGCUGCUGCCUGUGAAAGUGCCGGGGUUAAUCUCGGAAACUGGAAAGACGACACUGUUUAUGCAACAAAUCCUGUCCCAACAUCUUCAACCGUAAAACCAAGCAUUUCAACUUCUCCUAUCACCGUUCUGCCACCUUCAACGCCAUCUACAACAAAGCCUAUAAUUACUACCACUGCUCUGCCACCUUCAACGCCAUCUACAACAAAGCCUAUAAUUACUAGCACUGACCCCGGUACUCAGUGCCCCCUUGCUUGCUCAUUUGAUGUGGAUUUGUGUCAGUGGAAACAGUCAAAAGCAGAUAAUAUGGACUGGAUACGACUGAAAGGUCCUACUCCAUCGGAUUUAACUGGUCCAGACUUUGAUCGCACAACUGGAGAUGGAUACUACCUCUAUAUUGAUGGGCAGCAUUCAGAACAUGGGAAUUUCGCUAGAUUAGAAGGCCCUGUGUGUGAAUUAAACAGACCCCAUUGUUUACGACUCUGGUACCACAUGUAUGGAGAUGCGCAAGAAAUGAGGCUAGAAGUCUAUGUUUUAGGAGUAGAUGGAUUGGAACUUGUUUCCAUACAUGAAGGGAACCAAGGAAAUUUGUGGCACUUAGAUGAAAUUUUCAUACUAAACAGCGGCAAGGUUCAGAUCUUUAUAGAUGGCGUUAGAGGUGAAAGUCACCGCAGUGAUGUUGCCGUUGAUGACAUCUCUUUAUUAGCUGGAUACUGUCCUGGACCAACUACAUUUACAACCACCACUAGACCUCCAACAGGUUCUACGACAAGUAAAACAACUGAUAUUACAAGCACAACAAAAAUUACAACAACUAUUCCUUCAGCAAACAUUACAACUAAUUAUACUACAUCCAGCAGCACAUCGGGUAGCACAGUUAGUCCAUCUACUGCUGGUUCCGCAGAAAAUACAACAAGUCACAUUACAUCCAGCAGCACACCAGGAAUUACAGCUAGUAAGACUACAAGCAGCCUACCAGGUAGCACAGCUAGUCCAUCCACUGCUGGCUCCACAGAAAUUACAACUAGUCAUACUGCAAGUAGCAGUAGACCAGGCACCACAGCUAGCCCAUCCACUGCUGGUUCCACAGACAUUACAGCUAGUAAGACUACAAGCAGCCAACCAGGUAGCACAGCUAGUUCAUCACCUGCUGGCUCCACAGAACUUACAACUAGUCAUACUGCAAGUAGCAGUAGACCAGGCACCACAGCUAGUCCACCCACUGCUGGUUCAACAGGAAUUACAGCUAGUAAGACUACAAGCAGCCUACCAGGUAGCACAGCUAGUCCAUCCACUGCUGGCUCCACAGAAAUUACAACUAGUCAUACUGCAAGUAGCAGUAGACCAGGCACCACAGCUAGCCCAUCCACUGCUGGUUCCACAGACAUUACAGCUAGUAAGACUACAAGCAGCCAACCAGGUAGCACAGCUAGUUCAUCACCUGCCGGCACCACAGAACUUACAACUAGUCAUACUGCAAGUAGCAGUAGACCAGGCACCACAGCUAGUCCACCCACUGCUGGUUCAACAGGAAUUACAGCUAGUAAGACUACAAGCAGCCUACCAGGUAGCACAGCUAGUCCAUCCACUGCUGGCUCCACAGAUAUAACUACUAGUCAUACUGCAAGUAGCAGUAGACCAGGCACCACAGCUAGUCCACCCACUGCUGGUUCCACAGCAAUUACAGCUAGUAAGACUACAAGCAGCCUACCCGGUAGCACAGCUAGUCCAUCACCUGCUGGCUCCACAGAACUUACAACUAGUCAUGCUGCAAGUAGCAGUAGACCAGGCACCACAGCUAGUCCACCCACUGCUGGUUCCACAGGAAUUACAGCUAGUAAGACUACAAGCAGCCUACCAGGUAGCACAGCUAGUCCAUCACCUGCUGGCUCCACAGAACUUACAACUAGUCAUACUGCAAGUAGCAGUAGACCAGGCACCACAGCUAGUCCACCCACUGCUGGUUCCACAGACAUUACAGCUAGUAAGACUACAGGCAGCCUACCAGGUAGCACAGCUAGUCCAUCACCUGCUGGCUCCACAGAACUUACAACUAGUCAUACUGCAAGUAGCAGCAGACCAGGCACCACAGCUAGUCCAACCACUGCUGGUUCCACAGGAAUUACAGCUAGUAAGACUACAGGCAGCCUACCAGGUAGCACAGCUAGUCCAUCACCUGCUGGCUCCACAGAACUUACAACUAGUCAUACUGCAAGUAGCAGUAGACCAGGCACCACAGCUAGUCCAACCACUGCUGGUUCAACAGGAAUUACAGCUAGUAAGACUACAAGCAGCCUACCAGGUAGCACAGCUAGUCCAUCCACUGCUGGUUCCACAGAACUUACAACUAGUCAUACUGCAAGUAGCAGUAGACCAGGCACCACAGCAAGUCCAACCACUGCUGGUUCAACAGGAAUUACAGCUAGUAAGACUACAAGCAGCCUACCAGGUAGCACAGCUAGUCCAUCCACUGCUGGUUCCACAGCAAUUACAGCUAGUAAGACUCCAAGCAGCCUACCAGGUAGCACAGCUAGUCCAUCCACUGCUGGCUCCACAGAAAUUACAGCUACUAAGACUACAAGCAGCAUACCUGGUACCACAGCUACUCCAUCCAGUGCUGGUUCCACAGAAAUUAUAACUAGUCACACUAUAACCAAAAGCACAACAGUUACUACAACUACAGCUUCCACUAUUAGCGCCACACCAGUUCCUACAAGCCUGACAGAAUUGACCAGCAUCCCAACUUCACCUUCAGCAUCUUCAGCAGAACCUACAGCAAAGCCUAUUAUUUCAGAAACUCCAGGAACUUCUGGGACGACAGCUACACCUGAAUCUACUCAACAAAGCACAACUAUCCCUACUUCAGGAAGAACGUUUACCACGUCAGGGACAUCUCCUGGUAGUACUAUGGUGCACACAACAGAUUCCACUUCUGAAAAGACAACUUCUAGUACUACUUCUACGUUAGUUACCACAACAAGACAUCCGAAUGUUUCUACACUGCAAACCACAAGCCAUACAACUUCAGGGGUUACUUCAUCUGCUCCCGAUUAUACAUCUGAAGGAACAACUACUACAUCACCACCUAAAACUUCUUCACAACCUGUACCUGAACCAACUAGUGAAACAACAACAUCCACCACUAUUAGUUCAGGACCCAAAACUACAUCACAGGGCACAACUGACAUAACUUCAGGGACUGUUAAAGUCACCACCUCUGAUUCAACAACUGACUUCACAUCUUCAAGAACCACAACAUCUUCUAUAACAACACAUAUAUCUUCGGGUUCCACUACAACAAGACAUUCUACAACAACAACGACUGUGUCACCUCCCAAUUCAGGCUCCUGCGUGGUAGAAGGAGAUCCUCAUUAUCAUACAUUUGAUAACCAGGUCCAUCACUUUAUGGGAACCUGCACAUACACUUUAUCUAAACUCUGUGAAGAUGACGGACAGCUACCACACUUCAAUGUGGAAGCUGCUAACGAGCACAGGGGAAGCAAUACUAGAGUAUCUUAUGUCAAAUAUGUGAACGUGGAUGUGUACGGAUACAGAAUCACUCUGGAGAAGGACAGACAGGUUAAGGUGAAUGGACAAAUAGUGACUCUGCCCAAGAGUUUGUCGCCAGAUGUUGAGAUCUUCCUUAGUGGUUCCAAUGUCCUGGUAAAAACAGGCUUUGGCUUACAAGUGAAGUUUGACGGAAACCACAAAGUUGUGGUAACUAUUCCUGGCAACUAUGCAAAUAAAGUGUGUGGACUUUGUGGAAAUUUCAAUGGAAAUAAGCCCGAUGACUUCCUAAACCCAGAUGGUGAAUUAGAGCCAGACUCUUCCAGCCUUGGCAACAGCUGGCAGGUUAAAAAUGAUUCAAGCUGCUCUCCAGGAACAGAAGUCACUCCUGAUUGCACAGACGAAGAGAAAAACACCAUUGCCAGCAACAGCUUCUGUGGACUUAUCACUGACAGCAAUGGUCCAUUCAGAGAGUGUCAUAAUAUCAUAGAUCCAUCAACAUACUUUGAUACCUGUGUGUAUGAUUUGUGUGAAUUAGACCUGGACCCUGGUUCUCUGUGUAACAGUCUCCAGUCGUAUACAGAGGCAUGUCAGUCUCAUGGAGUAACCAUACAUCCUUGGAGAAAUGACACCUUCUGUCCACCCAAGUGUCCAUCCAACAGUCAUUAUGAACAAUGUGGCACAGCGUGUCCUGCUACUUGUGUAAACCCAGGAUCACCAUCCAACUGUGACCUUCCAUGUACUGAAGGAUGUGUCUGUGACCCAGGGUACAUUCUAUAUGAUAGGAAAUGUGUUCCAAAAGAUCAGUGUGGAUGUUGGGAUGGUGAUAAGUAUUAUGACGUAGGCUCUGAGUUCUGGUCUGAUGACACCUGCUCUUCACUAUGUACAUGCCCAUCAGCAGGAAGCAGUAUAGAGUGUAAAAAUGCAUCUUGCCCAAGUAACCAGUAUUGUGGUAUAUCCAAUGGCGAGCCUGGAUGUUAUUUCUAUGUAUAUGGCGUAUGCAGAGUUCAUAAUGACCCUCAUUAUGACACAUUUGACAGACAGAAUCAUAAUUUCAUGGGCCUGUGCACCUACACUCUUGCCAAGCUUUGCAGCAAUUCUUCAUCCCUUCCAUAUUUUAAUGUUGAAGCAAAGAAUGCACAUCGUGGAGAUCCUUCUGUGUCAUUUGUGGAGAAAGUAUUUAUUGAAGUACACAAUCAGAAAGUACAAAUUUGGAGACAUGAGCGAAAUCGAGUUUUGGUCAACAAUAUCUGGACUACACUUCCAGUGUCAUUAGUGGAAGGAUUGGUAACAGUGACCUGGACAGGAAAAUAUGUCCUCCUUCAGACCGAUUUUAAGCUGUCAGUCUCCUAUGAUACUGAUAGUUCAGUGGAGGUUAAAGUACCGAGUACUUAUUCUAAACUGACAUGUGGAAUGUGUGGCAACUACAACAACCGCAAACAGGAUGACUACAUGAUGCCAAAUGGAGAGCAAGCACCCAAUUCAGAAGUUCUAGGCCACAGCUGGAUAGUAGACGACGAUGACCCACUUUGUAAUCCCACAGAUCCUGAACCAUCACCGUUACCUCCAUGUGACCCAGAGGAAGAAGAGCUGUAUAAAAGCAAUGCUUUCUGUGGUCUCCUAACAAGCAAGGAUGGGCCAUUCAGUACAUGUAACUCUGUGAUCAGUCCUGCUGGAUUCUUUGAAAGCUGUAUGUUUGACAUGUGUGCGUUAGAUGGAGAUCCAGAAAUCCUUUGCAGUUUGCUGGAAGCCUAUGCAGAUGCUUGUCAGAAGGAAGGAUUGUUGAGUUCCUGGAGAAACAGCACUCUCUGCCCACCUACUUGUCCUCCAAACAGUCACUAUGAUUCAUGCAUGAGUUCCUGUCCUGCCACAUGUCUGGAACCACAUGCCCCAGAAAACUGCAGCACCCCAUGUUUGGAAGGCUGUGCAUGUGAUGACGGAUAUGUCAUUAGCGGAGGAACAUGUGUUUCCAAGUCCCAUUGCGGUUGCUACUACAAUGGUACUUACUACAAUGAAGGGGAGAAGUUCUUAGAAGGAAACUGCGAAAAUAGCUGUGUGUGUCACGGAAACAACAGUGUGGUCUGUUCCCCGAUAUCCUGUGCCAAAGAUGAGAUCUGCAAAGCUCAAGAUGGCGUUUUGGGCUGCUACCCUCCGAGCACUGCAAUCUGUCACAUUUAUGGUGACCCUCAUUAUACAACAUUUGAUGGCACCCUCCACCACUUCCAGGGAUCAUGCAACUACACGGUGACAGAGACAUGUGUGAACACAUCAAACAACUUUAUUGUCACUACACGCAAUGAACACAGAGGAAACCCAAGCUGGACUGCCAUUAAUUCUGUUGCUCUUACCGUGAAAGGAGCUCACAUCGUACUACAAAAGAACAAUAUUGUACUGGUUAACAAUGUCACGGUAACUCUUCCUGCUACUGUGUCUGGAAUAAACAUCAUCCAAACUGGUCCCUAUGUCAUAGUUACCACAGACUUCGGCCUGGAGCUUCAGUUUAAUGGUGAUCAUGAGUUGUUUGUCAGAAUAAAGGAAAAUUUCAAGGGAACAUUAUGUGGAUUGUGCGGCACCUACAAUGAUAAUCGUCAUGAUGACUUCAUGACACCCAAUGGAAGUGUUGUGACGGACGUCAAUGAGUUCGGCAAUAGCUGGAGAGUCGAAGAUGAUGAGUGGAUGUGUGAUCCAGUUCCCCCACCUCCCCCAACCUGCCCACCAUCUUUAGAACAGGAGGCUGAAAAGAAAUGCUGGAUUUUGAAACAGUCUGAUGGUCCAUUCAAACCCUGUCAUAUGUACAUUCGUCCGCACCUGUAUUUCGAGAGCUGUGUCUUUGACCAGUGCGCUACAGGAGGCAGCAACGAGCAGCUCUGUAAUGCGUUACAGUCAUAUGCAGCCGCCUGCGAAGCUCUGGGAGUUUCUCUGGGAGACUGGAAAAAUAAUACAAUUUGUGAUCCAGAUGCAACAACUGAACGACCCGUUUCUUCUACCACACACACAGUUCCAGGUUCUUCUGUAACUACUCCUGUCUCAGUUAGAACAACUCCUACAUCUUCUGGUGUGUCAGAAUCCACAACCUCAAAAUCUACCACCAUCACUAUAGCAUCCACCCCAAUUACUCCCACAUACACAGGGGCAAUAGAUUCUACAGGGACCACUGCAGCCCAACCUUCUUCAGGUCCCAUAAUUUCGACACCUACUUCUGCCACCUCUACAGCAAAACCUACAGUUACCAGUUCAGAUUCAACAACCACAGUACACUCUACACCUUCUUCUACUUCCCAUACUGCUGGGCCCACAUCAGAAUCCACUAGUUCAAAAUCUACCACUGGAACUACUAUACCUGCUACUUCCACAACCACAGUGACAACAGAAUACUCUACAGGAACCACUGUAGUCCACCCUUCUUCAGAUUCCAUCAUUUCAAGGACGCCCACUUCUGCCACCUCUACUGGAAAAAAUACAAUUUCAGCAUCCAGCGGUUUGACCUCCAUGACCGUCAAACCUUCUACAUCAACUGCAACAGCAAGACCCCCAAGUUCAGGCUCAUGUGUGGUAGAAGGAGAUCCUCACUACCAUACAUUUGAUAACCAGGUCCAUCACUUUAUGGGAACCUGCACAUACACUUUAUCUAAACUCUGUGAAGAUGACGGACAGCUACCACACUUCAAUGUGGAAGCUGCUAACGAGCACAGGGGAAGCAAUACUAGAGUAUCUUAUGUCAAAUAUGUGAAUGUGGAUGUGUACGGAUACAGAAUCACUCUGGAGAAGGACAGACAAGUUAAGGUGAAUGGACAAAUAGUGACUCUGCCCAAGAGUUUGUCGCCAGAUGUUGAGAUCUUCCUUAGUGGUUCCAAUGUCCUGGUAAAAACAGGCUUUGGCUUACAAGUGAAGUUUGACGGAAACCACAAAGUUGUGGUAACUAUUCCUGGCAACUAUGCAAAUAAAGUGUGUGGACUUUGUGGAAAUUUCAAUGGAAAUAAGCCCGAUGACUUCCUAAACCCAGAUGGUGAAUUAGAGCCAGACUCUUCCAGCCUUGGCAACAGCUGGCAGGUUAAAAAUGAUUCAAGCUGCUCUCCAGGAACAGAAGUCACUCCUGAUUGCACAGACGAAGAGAAAAACACCAUUGCCAGCAACAGCUUCUGUGGACUUAUCACUGACAGCAAUGGUCCAUUCAGAGAGUGUCAUAAUAUCAUAGAUCCAUCAACAUACUUUGAUACCUGUGUGUAUGAUUUGUGUGAAUUAGACCUGGACCCUGGUUCUCUGUGUAACAGUCUCCAGUCGUAUACAGAGGCAUGUCAGUCUCAUGGAGUAACCAUACAUCCUUGGAGAAAUGACACCUUCUGUCCACCCAAGUGUCCAUCCAACAGUCAUUAUGAACAAUGUGGCACAGCGUGUCCUGCUACUUGUGUAAACCCAGGAUCACCAUCCAACUGUGACCUUCCAUGUACUGAAGGAUGUGUCUGUGACCCAGGGUACAUUCUGUAUGAUAGGAAAUGUGUUCCAGAAGAUCAGUGUGGAUGUUGGGAUGGUGAUAAAUAUUAUGACGUAGGCUCUGAGUUCUGGUCUGAUGACACCUGCUCUUCACUAUGUACAUGCCCAUCAGCAGGAAGCAGUAUAGAGUGUAAAAAUGCAUCGUGCCCAAGUAACCAGUAUUGUGGUAUAUCCAAUGGCGAGCCUGGAUGUUAUUUCUAUGUAUAUGGUGUAUGCAGAGUUCAUAAUGACCCUCAUUACGACACAUUUGAUAGACAGAAUCAUAAUUUCAUGGGCCUGUGCACCUACACUCUUGCCAAGCUUUGCAGCAAUUCUUCAUCCCUUCCAUAUUUUAAUGUUGAAGCAAAGAAUGCACAUCGUGGAGAUCCUUCUGUGUCAUUUGUGGAGAAAGUAUUUAUUGAAGUGUACAAUCAGAAAGUACAAAUUUGGAGACGUGAGCGAAAUCGAGUUUUGGUCAACAAUAUCUGGACUACACUUCCAGUGUCAUUAGUGGAAGGAUUGGUAACAGUGACCUGGACAGGAAAAUAUGUCCUCCUUCAGACCGAUUUUAAGCUGUCAGUCUCCUAUGAUACUGAUAGUUCAGUGGAGGUUAAAGUACCUAGCACUUAUUCUAAACUGACAUGUGGAAUGUGUGGCAACUACAACAACCGCAAACAGGAUGACUACAUGAUGCCAAAUGGAGAGCAAGCACCCAAUUCAGAAGUUCUAGGCCACAGCUGGAUAGUAGACGACGAUGACCCACUUUGUAAUCCCACAGAUCCUGAACCAUCACCGUUACCUCCAUGUGACCCAGAGGAAGAAGAGCUGUAUAAAAGCAAUGCUUUCUGUGGUCUCCUAACAAGCAAGGAUGGGCCAUUCAGUACAUGUAACUCUGUGAUCAGUCCUGCUGGAUUCUUUGAAAGCUGUAUGUUUGACAUGUGUGCGUUAGAUGGAGAUCCAGAAAUCCUUUGCAGUUUGCUGGAAGCCUAUGCAGAUGCUUGUCAGAAGGAAGGAUUGUUAAGUUCCUGGAGAAACAGCACUCUAUGCCCACCGACGUGUCCACCCAACAGUCACUAUAAUUCAUGCAUGAGUUCCUGUCCUGCCACAUGUCUGGAACCACAUGCCCCAGAAAACUGCAGCACCCCAUGUUUGGAAGGCUGUGCAUGUGAUGACGGAUAUGUCAUUAGCGGAGGAACAUGUGUUUCCAAGUCCCAUUGCGGUUGCUACUACAAUGGUACUUACUACAAUGAAGGGGAGAAGUUCUUAGAAGGAAACUGUGAAAAUAGCUGUGAGUGUUAUGGAAACAACAGCGUGGUCUGUUCCCCGAUAUCCUGUGCCAAAGAUGAGAUCUGCAAAGCUCAAGAUGGCGUUUUGGGCUGCUACCCUCCGAGCACUGCAAUCUGUCACAUUUAUGGUGACCCUCAUUAUACAACAUUUGAUGGCACCCUCCACCACUUCCAGGGAUCAUGCAACUACACGGUGACAGAGACAUGUGUGAACACAUCAAACAACUUUAUUGUCUCUACACGCAAUGAACACCGAGGAAACCCAAGCUGGACUGCCAUUAAUUCUGUUGCUCUUACUGUGAAAGGAGCUCACAUCGUACUACAAAAGAACAAUAUUGUUCAAGUUAAUAAUGUUACAGUAACUCUUCCCACUAAUCUAUCUGGUAUAAGUAUCACCCAAACUGGUCCCUAUGUCAUAGUUACCACAGACUUUGGCCUGGAGCUUCAGUUUAAUGGUGAUCAUGAGUUGUUUGUUAGAAUAAAGGAAAAUUUCAAGGGAACAUUAUGUGGAUUGUGUGGCACCUACAAUGAUAACCGUCAUGAUGACUUCAUGACACCCAAUGGAAGUGUUGUAACGGACGUCAAUGAGUUCGGCAAUAGCUGGAGAGUCGAAGAUGAUGAAUGGUUGUGUGAUCCAGUUCCUCCACCUCCCCCAACAUGCACUCCAUCUUUAGAACAAGAGGCUGAAAAGAAAUGCUGGAUUUUGAAACAGUCUGAUGGUCCAUUCAAACCCUGUCAUAUGUACAUUCGUCCGCACCUGUAUUUCGAGAGCUGUGUCUUUGACCAGUGCGCUACAGGAGGCAGCGACGAGCAGCUCUGUAAUGCGUUACAGUCAUAUGCAGCCGCCUGCGAAGCUCUGGGAGUUUCUCUGGGAGACUGGAAAAAUAAUACAAUUUGUGAUCCAGAUGCAACAACUGAACGACCCGUUUCUUCUACCACACACACAGUUCCAGAAUCCACUCCAGCACCAUCAACCAGAACUACAACAACAUCACAAACAACAAUACGAACAACAACAACAUCCAGAACUCCUACAACACCAACAAUAUUAGAUGAUGCCAUCUGCAGCGCCUCUGGAGAUCCUCAUUACAACACGUUUGAUGGUGCGGUUCACCAUUACAUGGGAAAUUGCAGCUACACGCUCUCCAAACUUUGCAACGGAUCACAGGGACUGUCUGAUUUCCAUGUGUACACCACCAACGAGCAUAGGGGCUCCAAUACCAAAGUUUCCUAUGUCCAGUCAGUGCACGUACAAGUUGACAACGAUACAUUUACACUACUCAAAAACAAAAAAUUCAAUGUUAAUGGAAAAAGAAGAAAUACACCAGUACAAAAGGGCAGCAGAUACAGAGCAUAUAUCAGUGGCAAUUACUUAAUUGUAGAGACAGAUUUUGGACUGCGAGUGAAGUUUGAUGGUAAUCACUAUGUCGAUGUGUAUCUACCAUUAGACUACAAGGGGCACGUCUGUGGAUUAUGUGGAAACUAUAAUGGCAUACCCGGUGAUGACAACAUUAAACCGGAUGGUAAUGCAGCAGUAGACUCCAGAGAACUAGGAGACAGCUGGAUAGUUUCAGACAAAGAUGGCAAAAUCUGUGGCAGCCUAGAUCUGGAUAUUUGUGACCCUGCCAUUGUCAACAAAUACUCUAGCGAUGAUGUUUGUGGAAUUAUAAAUAACCCAGCAGGACUCUUCAAAGAAUGUCACAGUUUUGUAAAUCCAGAAAAUUACUUUGAAAACUGUGUUCUGGACAUGUGUUUCACUGAAGGCGAAUCUACCUCCCUUUGCUACGCUGUCCAGGCCUAUGCCCAAAAAUGCAGAGAAGCUGGAGUCUGUAUAGAAUGGCGGUCAGACACAUUCUGUCCGAUAUCGUGCCCUGCAACAAGCCAGUACAAGAGCUGCAGCACAGAAUACCCUGUCACCUGUUAUAACUCACCUUCAGUAUCACUGUACAAGCCUUUGGCCGUGGAAGGCUGCUUCUGUAACGAUAGCUACGUUUUGAGCGGAGACAAGUGUGUUCCCGAGAGUGACUGUGGUUGCAUCGAUGCACAAAACAACUUUUAUCAGCUUGGUGAAAGUUGGUAUACACACGAAGACUGCACUGAACGUUGCACGUGCAAUAGAAACAACAGCAUUACUUGUGCACCAUGGGAGUGUGGCCUCUUACAAACAUGUCACAGGGAAGAUGGUGUUCUGGGAUGUCAUUCAUCUGGGAAAGUGGCUUGCCAUGUAUCAGGGGAUCCCCAUUACUUCACCUUUGAUAAAGUGAUGCACAGUUUCAUGGGUACCUGCACUUACAUUAUAGUUACAACCUGUGAUAGCAGAAAUGUUAUUCCACUGACCAUUAGUGGGAAGAAUGAGGACCGUGGACAACGGACGGCAACAUAUUUGAAAGAGAUUUACAUUGAUGUUUAUGACAUGCGCAUUACGCUGCAGAAAGAAAAGAAAACACUGAUUGAUAAUAAAAAGGUCCAUGCUCCAUGGGCCGGGAAAGUAAAAGGUGUUUCCAUUGGAAAUGUGGGUCUCUAUGUUGUUGUGGAGACAGACUUUGGCUUGAUGGUCAAGUUUGAUGGUAACCACCAUCUUGAAAUCAUCCUCCCUGAUUCCUACUAUAACAAGGUUUGUGGUAUGUGUGGCAACUUCAAUGGGUUGAAGGAUGAUGAAUUCCUUAUGUCAAACAACCUUCAAGCUACCAGUGUAACUCAGUUUGGAAACAGCUGGAAAUCAGAAAAGGACAGUGACAAGAGCUGCUUGGAUGAUAACAGAGUGGAUCUGAACCCACCAUGCACAGCUGACCAGAAACCAGCUAUAGACAAUCAGUGCAAUGUACUUCUUUCAGAUACAUUCAAAGCUUGCCAUCAUCUCAUUGAUCCUGUGCCAUUUGCUGAGAGCUGUGUUUAUGACAUGUGUAGAUAUAAUGGCAUGGUCUCUACACUCUGUGCUAUAUUCCAAGCCUAUGUUGAUGCCUGCAGAUCACAAGGAGUUAACAUUCAGUGGAGAAGUUCAACUUUGUGUCCGCUGGCUUGUCCUUCUCACAGUCAUUACUCAAACUGUGCCUCUCUCUGUCCACCUACCUGCAAUGACAUCUAUGCAUCUGCUGUCUGCGACAAGCCCAGUAGCUGUGUGGAAGGCUGUGUCUGUAAUGAUGGAUAUGUGCUAAGUGACAACAAGUGUGUGCCACUGAAGUCAUGCGGCUGCAGAGAUUCCAGUGACAACUACUAUAAUAUUGAUGAGACCUGGAUCACUCCACACUGCACGCAGAAAUGCCAGUGCACUAAGGGCAAUACAAUCAAAUGCAAAACAUUCAACUGCCCCCAUGGAAUUUGUAGCCUGAACAGUCAAGGCAAAUACAACUGUAAACCAACAAGCUUUGCAAAAUGUACGAUUGCGGGUGAUCCGCAUUAUCGGACCUUCGAUGGGUUGUCACAUCAUUUCCAGGGCAGGGAGACUUACAUGCUGGCACUAACAUCAUCCCAAACACCUGACUAUAUGGAACCAUUCAAGAUUGAAGGAAAGAAUGAGCCUAUGACCAGAUAUAGCUCUUUCACUGUAUUAAAAGAGAUGCGCAUUGAAGUUUAUAAUCAAGUUAUUGUAUUUUCACAAAACAAGAAACUAGUGGUAAACGGAAUAAGAUCAGAACCUCCCAUCCGUCCACAUGAAGGAAUAUACAUAUAUCAGAAACCAACAAGAAUAUAUUUGGAAACAGAUUUUGGCCUUUCUGCUAGUUUUGAUGGCAAGGAAAAUGGAGACAUUACUAUCCCUAACACAUACAAGAAUAUUUUACAAGGGCUUUGUGGAAACUUUGAUGGAAGGUCUUCAAAUGAUUUUACCCGUCCUGACGGCAGUUCGGUCAGAGAUGUGGUGACCUUUGGUGAAAGCUGGAACGUUAAGGGUUUGAAAACCAGUCUUAGAAUCAGACGAGACACAGGAGUAUCAUUGCUUGAAGAAGAAGAAUUAAACACAGGGGACAACUUAGCCUGUUCAGCUUCACAGCUUGCCUCUGUAAACAGCACUUCAUUCUGUGGAAUUCUUAGGGAUAGUAACGGACCAUUUAAAGACUGUCUUUCAUAUAUUUCACCAGAAGACUACAUUGUGAACUGCCUCUAUGAUACAUGUGCAGAAUUCCGAAGCACUGAGCUACUCUGCACCAAUCUUGAGCAGUAUGCGCUCGCCUGCCAAGAAAAUGAAACCAUAGUCGACGGAUGGAGACAGAGAACUGGUUGUGCAAUGGAAUGUCCCUCAGAAAGUCAAUACCAAAGCUGCAUGACGUCCUGUCCAGCAUCCUGUAGCAAUUUGGCAUCGGAGUCAGAAUGUGAGACACCCUGUUCUGAGGGCUGCCAAUGUCUCCCAGGAUACGUUCUCAGUGGAUAUGACUGUGUACCCUACAAGCAGUGUGGAUGCACCUAUCUUGACAAGUACUACAAGAGUGGCGAAGUCUUCUACACUGAUGACUGUUCACAGAAAUGCACAUGUGCAGAAAGUUUGCUUGUGUGUGAAGAAAAUGAGUGUAUGCCAAAUGAAGUUUGUACAACAGCAGAUCAGAUUGUUGGCUGUUAUGUCCCUGGCCCAUGUCUGGAGAACCCUUGUGAGAAUGGAGGAACCUGUAUUGAAGACCCACCUGGAAUGAAUUCUACUAACGGCAUGCACUGCCAGUGUCCCAAGACAUUCAGCGGGACAUACUGCGAAAUUGAAGAUCCAUAUUAUGAUAACACAACUAUCUAUAUAGUGAUUGGAGUAGUGGUUGGAGUCUUCGUCAUUAGCUUCCUGUUCAUCAUUGCUGCAUAUUUCUACUUUAGAUCCAGAAGAUCCAAGAAAAGUAUAAUUAGUUCCAGAGACUAUUCCGAAGAAGGAAGAGAGCGUUAUUCAAGUGUAUCCGAAAACAGCUCAAGAUCUGACUCUUCGCCAGUGGGGUUAUUUAACAUUGAGUAUGCAGAAGAACCAAGUGUCAAUAAUACUGACAAAAAUAUAUUUAUGGCAAUGCAUGAUGAGGCUGGCAGUGAGAACAAAACAUUACAAAAGUCAGAGGCGCAUGUUAAUUUAGCAUUUGAAGAUGAUGCAAACAAUGAGGAUCUAGGAAGAAGCAUUAACACUGUAUUUGAAGAAUCAGGGGCUGCAAGUAAUGUUGCAUUUGAACCUGACACGACAGCAAACAAUGAUGAUGAUGAAAAGACAAAGAAGCCUGAAGAAGAUAAACCAGCAAAUGAAGAAAAUGAUACUGCAAAUGAGAACGUGGAUGAAGAAGACAUCUGUAUUGAAGAGACCCAACUAUAAUCAUACUAUAAUUAUAAUUUUGAUUAUGUUCCAUUUAGUAGAUUCUAAUCCGUACACUUUAAUUGAUGUACUAUCUGUUAAGAACCACCAUAUCCUAAUCAGGUCUUCAUAGCAAGGGUCCUAUCCAUGUACAUGUUACAUGUACUCUAUGUAUUGAUGCACUUAAAAAAACUUAUAUAUUAAUAUAUUACCCAAAUGUACAAUUUUAUUAUACUAUUUGUAUCACUUGUGAUGUCAUAAAUUCUUGCAAACUUUAUAUAAAUAAAAUAGCAUAUAUUCA